GCCACAGCUGUCAACUCAGCUGAGCCUGACAGCGGCGGGUGCAGCACAACACUGCUGCUGCUAUCAGUACAGCGGCGGCGAGGCGACCACUGCAACGGCUGUGUUUGUGUCGGCCUAGCGUCCCUGCGUCUUUCUUGCAAAGGAAUCUUAAGAAACAGUGACAUAUUAAAGAUGAGACUUGUGAUUCUCGAGGACAGUGAGCGGGUGGCUGAGUGGUCUGCUCGGUACAUAAUCAAAAGAAUCAAUGACUUCAAGCCUGGACCAGAUAAAUUUUUUGUUCUCGGUUUGCCAACAGGCAGCACACCUCUUGGCACUUACAAAAAGUUGGUGCAAUACCACAAAGCUGGAAAAAUCUCCUUCAAGUAUGUCAAGACAUUCAACAUGGAUGAAUAUGUUGGUAUUCCACGUGACCACAGCCAAAGCUACCAUACUUUCAUGUGGCAAAACUUCUUUAAACAUAUCGACAUUGACCCUGCCAAUGCUCAUGUCCUUGAUGGCAAUGCUGCAAGCCUGGAGCAGGAGUGUCAGCUUUAUGAGGAUAAGAUCAAGAAAGCAGGGGGGAUUGAGCUCUUCAUGGGAGGAAUCGGGCCUGAUGGACAUAUAGCCUUCAACGAGCCAGGGUCCAGCUUGGUGUCUCGCACACGUGUUAAAACCCUGAACCAGGAGACCAUCACAGCCAAUGCUCGCUUCUUUGACAAUGACAUGUCCAAGGUGCCAAAACAGGCCCUCACAGUUGGAGUUGGCACAGUUAUGGAUGCCAGAGAGGUGAUGGUGCUGAUCACAGGGUCACACAAAGCCUAUGCACUCCACAUGGCCAUUGAGGAGGGGGUGAACCACAUGUGGACAGUGUCUGCCUUCCAGCAGCACCCACGAACUAUCAUGCUGUGUGAUGAGGACGCAACACUGGAGCUCAAGGUCAAGACGGUAAAGUACUUCAAGAACCUACAUGAUAUUCAUUCAUGCCUGAUCGAUGAGGAGCUACACUAAGGAUCUAUGGACAGUGCAUCAAAAGAUGAUCGAUGACCACAUGAUGUCCUCCUUUUCCUAAGUACUUCAGGCCUGAGCAAUGAAGUGGUUUGCUAUCCUUAUGCAGACCAUUUAAUGUCUGAAAAUUUUGUUAGGAAGUGUAAUUAUUGUCAGUUUAUGAUUUAUCAAGUAUUUUUGAUAGCAGAGACACUUCCAUACUUAUGUAAUUGGGACAUAUUUUAAGACUUACGCUUUUUGUAAACCAUGUGCAAUAUUCCUUACCAUGAUUUCAGCAUAUUAAAUAAUUGAAUUGGUGGGAGACUAUUUGAGUGCUCACAUUUGAUACUUGCUCUCUUAUUUUUAUUAUAAGCAAAUAUGUUUUGUGUGACUUGCAAAUGAAAUAGCAAUGAUGAUUUUUAUUCAGCUACCAGUCUUUCUGAAGAAUUAAAGUUGGAUUCAUUUACCUCAAUUUUUUGGUAGUUUGCUCACUAUAUGCACAAAAAAUCAUCACACACACACACACACACAUACACACACACACACACACACACACACACACACUUUGAGUUCUAUUAUGUUUUAGCAGAUUAAUAAGAAAUCAAAACUUCUACACAUGAAAGAAGCAUUCCUUGGGGUUUAAGGAUAUUAUCACCGGGCAACUAAUGAAACAAUUGAGAUUCUGAAACUGGAUUGGUUGUUGUGAUACGGAUGUAAGUUAGUAAGCUUAAUCUAUGUUUAAAACAGAAUUUUUACUCUACAUAUAAUGAAAAAAAUAUAAAUGUUUGUUGAUAUAACAGCUUUAUUUUUAUAUAAGCAAUGUUAGUAUGUUUGAGAACUGUUGACACAAGGUUGUGCUGUUCCCAUGAUUAAUUUUACAAAUAUAUAUUGUUGAUCAGGCUUUAAUAA